UUUCCCUCGGCCGGUCGGGAGAAGGAGCCGUAGCUGCAGCGGCUGCGAGGCGGGGACUGGCUGAGCUGGUGGCGACCCAGCUCGCAGCGGUGCAGAUAGACAGGGAUGUCCUGCAGGAACGUGCUGCUGACUGGCUGCUCCUCUGGGAUCGGGCUGGCUCUGGCUGUCCGGCUGGCUAAAGAUGAGCUGAAGAGAUUCCGAGUCAUCGCCACCAUGAGGAACCUGGACAAGCGUGAGGCAUUGGAGAAGCAGGCGGGGCCGGCACUGGACAAGACCCUGGAAAUCCGCCAGAUGGAUGUGACCAGCGAGGAAUCCAUCCGGCGCUGCGUGGAGGGCAUUCCCCAGCGGAGAGUGGACGUGCUGGUGAACAACGCGGGGCUGGGCAUGAUCGGGCCGGUGGAGAGCCAGAGCGUCGCUGCCAUGAAGGGUCUCUUUGACACCAACUUCUUCGGGCUGGUGCGGCUGGUGCGCGAAAUCUUCCCCGACAUGAAGCGCCGGCGUCGGGGCCACAUCGUGGUGAUGAGCAGCGUGCUGGGGCUGCAAGGCCUCAUCUUCAACGACAUCUACUCCGCCUCCAAGUUCGCUGUGGAGGGUUUCUGUGAGAGCUUGGCCCUGCAGGCGCUAAAGUUCGGCGUGAACAUCAGCCUGAUCGAACCCGGACCGGUGGUGACCGAGUUCGAAAGGAAACUCUACGAAGAAGCCGCCUGCAUGGACCUGUCUGCCGUUGACCAGGAGACACUGGAUAUAUUCCAAGGCUUCUACAUGGCCUAUUCCAAGGAAGUCUUCACGGUGCUGGGGCAGUCGCCGGACGAGGUGGCUGAGCACACGGCCAAGGUGAUCAUGGCAGAGAAGCCGCCUUUUCGCUACCAGACCAACAGCCUCUACACGCCCAUGACCACCCUGAAACACGCCGACCCCACUGGGAACCUGCCUCUGAACACCUUCCACCAGAUGAUCUUCCAGCACGACCGGCUCUUCAAAGCCAGCCUCAGCCUCCUCAAGAUGCUGCAGUGGAGGAAGCGGAGGGACAUGUCCUAUAACAAGUCUCCUUGAGACGAAGGCACCCAUCCCGUUCCUCCUCCCUGGACAACACAGGCAGCUCCAGCUAUAGAUCCCCCCCACCCCGCCCUCGCCCCGCUCCCAUGCUCUGUAGCACGACUCUAGUUUCCAGUGUGGACAGCCAUUGUAAAAGCACAAAAUCUUGGACUGAGGGGGAGGUGCCAGCACAGUGAGUGAUGUGGGGAGGAGGCAGCAUGUUUAGGAGCAUGGAUCUACCAGGGGACUAGCAACACCCCAGUCUUUCCCCUCUUUUUAACCAGCUGAUUCUUUUGUAUCUUUUUUUUAAGUACAUUUGGGGCUUUUAAAGGAUUUUUUUUUUUUAAAGAACUUCCAAAAAGUAGAGGUUUGAGGUCCUGCUGUAGUGUAGGCCCCAGGAGUCCUGACUCCCACGCCCCUCCUGGAGCUGGGCAUAGAACCCAGGAGUCCCGAGAGCCCCAUCUCCGCCCAGAGCUGGGGAUAGAACCUAGCAGUCUGGAUGCCUGUCCCAAUGAUUUAACCACUAAGCUCCACUCCCCUCCCAGAGCUGGGGA